UUUUCCUUUAGUGUAUGCACUGAUGUCCAGGAAAACUGAACAAGCAUAUAAAGCUCUUUUUUUAUACAUCAAGACUAUUGAACCAACUUGGCAACCGACUACUGUUAUGACAGACUUUGAACGAGCUUCUAUUAAUGCCAUACAUACAGUUUUUCCAACAGCCAGAGUUGUAGGGUGUUGGUUUCACUCAUCUCAAAGUGUAUGGCGAAAAAUACAAGAACUAGGACUAACAAACUUGUACAAAGAAAACAGGAAAGUGCAUGACUUUUUUAGAAUGGUAAUGGCAAUUGCGUUAUUGCCAAACCAAAGGCUGGAUGAAGGUUUUGACGAAAUCAGGAGAAUGUACCGUAUGGAAAUUCAAAACUAUAUUGGACAAACCGAAAAUGAAAGUAUACAUAAAUUCCUGGAGUAUUAUAGAAGAACAUGGUUGACGGGUAAUUUGAAAAUAUAAACAAAUAAUAUUUAUGAACUAGCUGAUCCUGUACGGUGUUGCCCGUGACAAAUUAAAUACCCGUGGGUUUACCUCUUCUUAAUCUCUGUUAAAUGUAAACUGCACACAUUUUUAAUACAGCUGUUAUUUGGGUUCUGUUUAUCAAACAUCAAAUACAAGUGUAAAUUAUAUCCAAUCAUAAUAACUAUUUUAUUUAUCAGGUAACAUAAUAACUGAAACCCCGUUAUUCUAACCUAACCAUACUCAAAAUCACUGUUAGAGCACCUUCCUAGGUUGGACCGAGGAAAAUUAAAUUAGCCUAUGUUACUCGGGGGUAAUGUAGCAUUCUUAUGAUGAAAAAAUUUUUGAAAUUGGUCCAGUAGUUUUUAAGUUUUGUUACAAACAUCCAAAUUUUUCUACUUUAUUAUAUUAGUAUAGAUAUAAAUUAUGUAAAGUAAAAUUAUUUAUUUAUUUUUUAAAUAAUGGCCAGUUGAUCCAAUUUACAAUGCGGAUAACAGAAUAUGGUAUAGAUAGAAUAGAGAUAAAAAAAAAAUAACUAAAUAACCUACAUAUUUUUCUAUAGGUACACAAUUAAUAUAGGAUAAACAAUUAAAUUAAUUUAAUAAGAAUAUGAAUACUUACAAUAGGUAUUAAGUAUACAAUUAUCAUUUAAAAAGUUUUACAUUAUUAAUUUUAUUUCUAACGGAUAUAAAAUAGUGACAGGUGAUGAGGUGAACAUGCCAUAUAGUUUUGGGAAUAAUUAUUAAUUAUUAAUAUACAAUGAGUCUUUAUUUCUGAUAUUAUUAUAAUGAUUAUUUAUUUAAAAGGAAAUAUUGAUUAAUAUCUCCGAAUGGAUUUUAAGAGCUAAAGAUUUUAAAAUUUCUUUUUUGAGUACUUAGUAGAUAACCUAAAAAUGUAUGUUCAAUUUUUCAAAUUAUUUGAUAUUCAGAUUUAUCAAACAAAUUUAAAUCAGAAAAAAGUAUGAAAAGGGAAUCCUCACCCCAACCCCCUGAAAAGUGUAAUAGUAUCACAUUUAUUGAACUAUAUCAAAAUUCUGAUAUUGAUUUGGCUUAUAGCUGCCACUUGUCAUUUAUGUCAAAAAAAUUUGUUCGUCCCCAGCUGACUUGAAUAAAUCUUGGUAACAUUACUGUUUGCUCAUAAUUGGUUAUAAAAUGUAAUAAUAAUAUAUUUUAUAGUUUCACCGUGGUCAGCUACAGUUAUUUUACUAUUAUAAUUUGUACAGGUAUUUUUGCUGAGAUGCUGUCAGUAAGCCAUCAAAAUAGACGAACUAAUAAUGUCUUAGAAAUUAGUCAUAGAAAUCUAAUGACGAAUAUGCAAAAUCCUAAUCCAAGCCCAUGGUUAUUUUUAGGUAAACACUGAAUAAGAUUGAUUUUAAUAAAUAAUCAAUAGUUUUUUAAUAAUACAUCAUUUUCGUUUUAAAAAAUUUUAUAUCAUCAGAAAACCUUAUUACACACGUUCAUGGAAUCAUGAAUGAUUACCGGUUAGCAGUAGAUGGCAUAGAAGUCUGGCAACCUAGGCCACGUGCGAGCAACAAACAGGACAAAAAAAUAACCUUGGGCCUAACAAAGCUCGAACAGAAUCGUUUUAGUGUAGCAGAGUUCUUGGGUUACACUAAACAUGUAACACCAAAUUUUGGAGUAGAGCGCCCUAAUGUUCACAAUGAAGGUGAAUAUUAUAACUCUUAUAGUUGUGUUAUAUUACUGUUUAUUAUUAAUUAAAAUAUACAUUUUUCUGAUAAAUUAUUUAAUAGUUUUUAAUAUUUUAGAUUUACAAGCACAGAUGGUUGAACCAAUCAUUGAACCAGUUUUGAAUAUAAUGGACAACAUUGGUAAUCAUGGAUUUUCUUAUUGAAUGUAAAUUUGUGUAGCAAGUUAUUUAAUAAUUUUUAAUAUUUUAGAGUUACAAGCACAGAUUGUCGAACCAAUCAUUGAACCAGUUUUAAAUAUGAUGGACAACAUUGGUAAUCAUAGAUUUUUUUUUAUUGAAUGUAAAUUUGUAUAGUAAGUUAUUUAAUAAUUUUUAAUAUUUCAGAGUUACAAGCACAGGUUGUCGAACCAAUCAUUGAACCAGUUUUGAAUAUAAUGGACAACAUUGGUAAUCAUGGAUUUUCUUAUUGAAUGUAAAUUUGUGUAGCAAGUUAUUUAAUAAUUUUUAAUAUUUUAGAGUUACAAGCACAGAUUGUUGAACCAGUUUUAAAUAUAAUGGACAACAUUGGUAAUCAUAGACUUUUUUUGUAUUACUUUUUUGCCAUAAGAUAAAUAAAUAA